AUGUUUUUCUCUCUUUUUCAUCUGUUCUUAUCUAUCUAUCUAUCUAUCUAUCUAUCUACCUAUCUAUCUUCAUCUGUUCUUACCUAUGUAUUUAUCUAUCUAUCUAUCUUCAUUGUUCUUAUCUAUCUCACCCUGCUCAAAUGUCUAUAUCUAUCAAUUAUCUGUCUUCAUAUCUAUCUUCAUCUGAUCAUAUCUAUCUAUCUAUCUAUCUAUCUAUCUAUCUAUCUAUCUAUCUAUCUAUCUAUCUGUCUAUUUUCAUCUGUUCAUAUCUGUUCAUAUCAAUGUUCAUCUGAUCUUUUCUAUGUUCAUCUAUCUAUCUAUCUAUCUAUCUAUCUAUCUAUCUAUCUAUCUAUCUAUCAGUCUGUCCAUGGAUAUAGUAUACAAAUACGCACGUACCAGUCUAUGAGUUGGCAGACAUAUCCUGUUUAUAAUCGAGUAAAUAAUUUGGAUUUUCUUAGAGAUUGCAAUCAGCUGACAAGGCCAUUUGCCAUUCCCUAUCGUUCUUCCUUAUUUUCUAAACAACGAAAAACUUUCGUUUCUUGCUUCAUCUAUUGCUUCUUUCUUUUAUUUAUUCCUCCACUCCUUUAUUUAUUCCUUCCUUCCUUCCUUCCUUCCUUCCUUCCUUCCUUCCUUUACUUAUUCUGUUCCAUAUUCAUUCAUUACUAA